UUUUUAAAAAAUAUUUACUCAAAAAAGUACAAUAAAAUUGUUAGUAGCUGAUGCUCCUCAACAACCCUAAUGUUUCCUUGCUGAUAUCACUGUAUCAUGUAACAAGUUCACAAAGUCUAGGCUUAUUUAAUCUAGCUAUUAUCCUUUUGCUAAGUUUAAUAACAUAAAAAUUAAUGCAUUGUCGCGUGCUUGUGUGGAUUUAUCAUGAACUCCUGUUUGAUUGAGUGCCAAUGCUAAAGAGAAUAUCUCUGUAAUUGCACCAGGAAGAAGGAUGGGUUGUGUGUAGGGUGUUCAAGAAGAGAAUGCCAACACUAAGGAAGGAAGGAGAGCAUGAGUCCCUAUAUUGGUAUGAUGACCACGUUUCUUUCAUGCCAGACUUCGAUUCCCCGAGGCGAAUACAUCAGUCUUAUACUUCAUACCAUCAUCAAUAUUCCUGCAAGCAAGAGCUUGAGUUGCAGUACACCAUGCCUCAUGAGUCAUUUCACCAGCUUCCUCAGUUAGAGAGUCCAAAAGUCGCGGAGUCCAUGGCCCAAGUAAACUGCAACUCAAUGGCCCCAUAUAAUUUUGAGAGGCAUAACUUGCUGUCUUCAACACUUGCACAAGAACAUUUGCAGCAAAGCAAUCAGCUAGAUAUCAACUUGCUUUACAGUAACAACAAUGAACAUGCUCUGGAUCAAGUGACCGAUUGGCGAGUGCUCGACAAAUUUGUUGCAUCUCAGCUCAGCCAGGAAGAUGCUACCAAGGAGUCUACAUCCUUUCAAGUAGCCGAAAACAUGAACAUGCUAAUAAAUGGUUCAAAGAGGCAAGAAAUGGCUUCAGAAUAUGCUGCAAUAUCCAGCUCCAGCUGCCACAUUGAUCUGUGGAAGUGAGAGCAUAUUAUAGUAAGGAUGCAAUAUAUUCUAAUGAUAGCAAAAUACAGACUAAAAGGAAAGAAAGUCUUGGAGGUUGGCGAAUUGCUGUACAUAAUAAAACAAAAUGGUAAUGCUUUAGCUGUUGGAUUUAUGCUACACCUUGUGAUGAUAUAUAUACCAGGCAACUAGUUUUGCCAGAAAGGUCUAUUGGUAACUAAAUAUAUGUAAUGGAAGUGAAUUGUUAUGCCCACAGUUGGUGGUACUGACUCAGGGAGUGUU